AUGGCUGCUGUUGUACCUACUAUUGUACCUACUGUAGAAUUCGUUCCUGCUAUAUCUGAAACUGAUGGAGCUACUGCAGAAUCUGAUCCUAAAACUGCCGCUGCUGGAACUGGUGAGACUGAAGAAGUUGAUCUUAAAAUCGCUGCAGCUGAACAGAUAAAAUCUCUGUUGCUACCACUUGCUUUUGAAGGAUCUAGUGAUCCCACCAAAUCACUGAAGCAGCUCAAGAAAAUGGAGAAGGCAUUUGCUAGUAUGGAAUGUAUAGACCAAGAAAAUAUCUGCUUUGCUGCUUAUCAGUUACAAGGGAAGCAUUUGAAGGUGAGAAGUUGUCAAGUGACAGUGGAAAAUGAUGGGCCAAUUACUUGGGAGACCUUUUAUCAAGAGUUUAAAGAUUUCUUCAAGAAUCUCAAAUUUGAGAAGAAAAAUGAAUUCACAAGGCUAAUUCAAGGGAACAUGAUGGUAGCUCAGCAUGAUGCUAAAUUUACAGAGUUGUCCCAUUUUGCUCCAGAUCUAGUGGCUGCUGACAACAUCAAGGUCCAGAGAUUUGAGAAAGGGCUAAGGCCCAAGAUCCAUGUUGGAGUGCAAUUGAUGUGGUUAAUCUUCUAUGGGGAGGUGGUCAAUUUAGCAAAAAUAAUGGAGUAG